AUGUCUUUUAACCAAAAAGACAUCUAUGCAAUCAGUAGUUUGGCCCAAACUACAACCACCAAUAGUUUGGCUCAAACUACAACCACCAAUAGUUUAGCUCAAACUAUAACUACCAGCAGCCACUCUCCAGUGCGUCCUGGUGCUCCAGGUCCUACUGGACCGGUUCCCAGCAGAUCUAAUCC